AUGGCGGACCCCGUAGUGAAAGACGUGCCUGUUGCUGAAUCUGCCACCGCUUCGACCGUUGAGGGCACGGCCACAGCACCGGACACCACCCUCACGGCCGCCACGGAACCGCCGGUUCCAGCAGCGAGCGCUUCGGAGAAGACGGAAACUGCGGAGCCUGUCCCUCAGUCAGAAGCCGCUGCGGAAACAGCCCCAACAGAGACCACCACGCCCGCUGCUGCCGCUGCCGAAGCCGCCAAGCUUGACGAGCCCAGCACGCCGCUCCAGGAGCUGUGGCUCGUCGCCAGCAAGCACGCCCACAAGGAAAUCUGGGGCGUCACUCUGGCAGACCCGGCCACGCACAUCCCGUCGCAGAUCAUCCUGCAGAAGUACCUCAAUGCCAAUGACGGGGACAUCGUCAAGGCCCGGGACCAACUUACCAAGACCCUCGACUGGCGUGCCAAGACGAAGCCGCUCGAACUUCUUGAGAAGAGCUUCUCCAAGACCAAGUUCUCCGGUCUGGGCUAUGUGACUGUGCAUUCAGCCACAUCGGCGGGUAGUCAGGAGCCAGAGCAGACCGAGGUGUUCACCUGGAACAUCUACGGUGCUGUCAAAGACAUGAACGAAACCUUUGGGUCUCUCGAGGAAUUCAUUGAAUGGCGCGUCACUCUGAUGGAGCAGGCCGUCCACGCGCUCAACCUCCCGUCCGCCACCAAGGCCAUCACGAGCAGCUACGAUCCCUACAAGAUCUUCCAGGUGCACGACUACAAGACGAUCAGCUUCUUCCGCCCGCCGCCCAAGGUCAAGAACGCGAGCACCGAGACCAUCAAGGUCCUGGCCCUCGCGUACCCGGAGCUCCUCAAGGAGAAGUUCUUUGUCAACGUCCCCGCCCUCAUGGGCUUCAUGUACGGCCUCAUGAAGCUCUUUGUCGCGGCCAAGACCAUCAAGAAGUUCCACCCCAUGUCGAAUGGCGGUGCGCUGGCGCUCGAGUUCCCCGACAGCAAGGUGGCCGGCCUUGGGGACAUGCUGCCCAAGGAGUAUGGUGGCAAGGGCGAAGAUCUCGCUGUCCAGGGCAAGGAGACUAAACUUGCGUGA